UCAAUGAAGAGCAGAAAAAAGUAUCAUUUUAUGUAAAUCCAUAACUAAUACUUGCAAAAGUGUGUAUGGAUGCUAUACUAAAGACAAUAACCCUGUAUGGAGUAUGUGUAAAAUAUUGAACUAAUAUUCAACACUUCAGUAAAAUGAAUAGGAGUGUAGAAUCAACUGAUCGCUUCAAAACACGAAAUUUUGACGCAUCACCAUCAAUGCCGUCCUCUUCAUCAGAUUAUAUCACUGUUGAAGAGGAUGAUAGCUCUGACAGCAAAGAACCCAUACCUUGCACUCUUAAAUCGGUUGAGGAUCUUCUCUCCCUAACCAAGUCCUUGAGUCAAGAUGAUCUUCAAGAGAUGAUAACGAAAUGCAAGGAUAUGGUUCUCGAAAGUGCAGAAUGCUCUGAAGAAAGGAAAUGGCUUGUUAGACGUUUAAUAGAACUAAGACUUAAAGCUCAAGAACUGCGAGAAACCUCGAAUGAAAAAGCUUUGGAAACUUGUGUGAUUUUAGGACAUCAUUUUACACCUCAGAAGUAUUAUAUUACUACUUAUAAUUCUGUUUAUUGUGAUCAUUGUAGUGGCAGUAUUUGGACGAUGUUACAAUCCUGGUACAUGUGCAAGGAUUGUGGAUUCUGUUGUCAUCUAAAAUGUAUGUCAAAUAUUUGCCGAGUAUGUGUUCAUGUUAUAGCAAGUGAAGUCGGUGGAUACACUUAUACUAAAGAUAUAUGUCCAGAAAGAGGUUUAUCCGCACAAGGAUACAGAUGUGCUGAGUGUAAUGUUAAAAUAACAUUUACUGCAUCACAAGGAUUGUCUUUAUCCUGUUUUGGCAGUCCUUUUAAGUAUACAGAAUCUUCAUGGGUAGAACCUCGGUUGUGUGACUAUAGUGGGUUGUAUUACUGCCAAAGAUGCCAUUGGAAUUCACUGGCUAUAAUUCCAGCAAGAAUCAUUCAUAAUUGGGAUAUGGAACCGAGAAAAGUUUGCAGGGCUUCUUAUCAGCUGUUAUCUAUUUUGCAAAACAAACCAGUAUUAUUACUAGAAAAAUUGAAUCAGAAAUUAUUUACAUUAAUUCCCGAUUUAUCACUGAUCAAGAGACUCAGAGAAGAAUUACAUAUGAUGAAGCAAUACCUUGUGGUGUGCCCAAAAGCAAGCAAUGAAGGAUUGCCAUGGAGAUCAGGACUGAGGACGCAUAUACUGGAAAAUUCUGCAAGUUACUCAGUAAAAGAUCUCGUAGAUCUUCAAAAUGGAACUUUGAUAGAUGAAAUCCAUCUUUCAUAUGGUAAAAUGAAAACUCACAUUACUCAAACAUGUGAUCACUGCAAAGCUAGGGGUCAUCUAUGUGAAAUAUGUGGAAAUGACGAAGUCAUCUAUCCAUGGGAUACGACUGUAACGACGUGCCAAUUAUGUUCAACAGUGUAUCACCGUUUGUGUCGAUCUAAACGAAACAUUUGCUGCCCUAAGUGUUUAAGAAUACAGCGAAGACAGUCUACCAAUGAGGAAGCAUCCACGAGUAAAGUAAAUGACAGCUAAUAUUGCGAUCAAGCUUAUUCGAGAUUUAUCUUAUCUGCAGUGCAAUAAAACUAUUUCACGCGUGUAUAUUUUGUAUUUAAAAAAAAAAAAAAAAAAAAACGUUUCUAAUACUGUUUAUCGCAAGUAGUUCUCUUGUCAUCACACAAAGAUUAUGUCAAGAAAAAAUAACACAGUAUUUUACAAUAUUACUUGGGAUGGUGAUAUCAAAUUAGUUGACGGAUAAUGUAUGCAAUCAACAAUAAGCAUGUUUUGUCAAUGUCGCAUUUUUAUCGCGUAGCUAGAAUAUGUUUCCCUUAUUGUCGGCGCUAA